AGCAAAGCUGUGAGAUAAAUCAAUGGAGUUCAUAAAUUGGUUGCUGCUGAUUCUUGGAGUCUUUGUUUUUGUUUUUGGGGUUUUGAAGAGAUUAAAUGGUUGGUAUUAUGCAGUCAAGUUGGGGAAGACAUGGGCCGAGCUUCCUCCUGGUGAUCUUGAUUGGCCACUUCUCGGUUCCACUUUGUCCUUCAUCAAGUAUUUCACUAUCGGUCCACCUGAAAAUUUCAUUCGCACAUUUCCACCAGGCUCGAAAAAGAUUGGUCGAAAUACUUCAAUCAAUCAUCAAUAAAAAGAGAUCGGUGAAGAAAAGCAAAGCGGAAAGUUGGGAGGCAAAAGAUAUGAUGGAUUUGCUGAUAGAUUUGAAAGAUGAAGAUGGUGAUGAAGAGUUGGAUGAUGAAACCAUUGUAGAUUUGAUUUUUGGUAAGUUAUUUGCAGGCCAUGAAACUUCAGCUUACACUACAAUGUGGGCAGUCUUGUUUCUAAUGGAUCAUCCACAUAUAUUCAAGAAAGCGAAGGAAGAACAAGAGGACAUCAUCAGACGAAGACCCUCAACGCAAAAGGGAAUAAAUCUCUCAGAGGUUAAACAAAUGAAAUUUCUUUCUCAGGUGAUAGAUGAGACACUUCGUCUUAGUGGCAUCACAUUUGUCCUUUUUCGAGAGGCAAUAGUCGAUGUUGAAAUUAAUGGUAAAAUUAUACCAAAAGGAUGGAAAGUCAUACCUUGGCUUAGGGAGCUUUACAUGGAUGCAAAUUUACAUCCUUCCCCACAAGAAUUCAAUCCUUCAAGAUGGGAUAAUUUUAUAGCCCAACCUGGAGCUUUUACUCCGUUCGGAUUAGGAAAUCGGCUGUGCCCUGGAAGAGAUCUUGCGAAGCUCGAGAUCUCAAUUUUCCUUCACUAUUUUCUCCUCCAUUACAAGGUGGAACGGCUUAAUCCAAAAUGCCAAUUGACUUUCUUGCCACUCCCUCAUCCCAAAGAUAAAUGCUUGGCAAGAGUUCUCAAAGUGGCAUGACAAUGUCUACAAAUUAUGCCUCUCAAAAUCUUCCUUGGUUCG